CUCGAAACUAUUUUGUUCGUCAGCGAAAAAAAAGUACUUUGUAAAUAUUCACCAACAUGUCUGCACCAGGCCCUCAGGACUCGCAGCAGCGAGGUUCUUCUCAGUCCCCUCCUAGACCUCCUCGUCCUCAAGGAGAGCAGUCGGGACAGAACGACGACAAGCCUAACACCGACAACAACCCAUUCAACCAAGAUUCCAACAAGCCUACUGGUCAGCCUGAGACUGAUCCAUCCAAGGCUGAGGAUUCCAAGCCCGAAAACAAGCCAGAGACCCCCAAGACGGAAGACUCUAAGCCUGGAGACUCCAAGCCGGAAGAGUCCAAGCCCGAGGCUUCAACCGAAGAGACAGCCAAGCCACAAACUCCCGACACCAAGCCCGAGCAGUCAAAGCCCGAGCAGUCAAAGCCCGAGCAGUCGAAGCCCGAGCAAUCGAAGCCCGAGGAGCCCAAGACCGAAGAGACCAAGACUGAGGAGCCCAAGGCUGAAGAAGCCAAGGCUACGGCUGAGGAAGCCAAGCCUGAAGGAUCCAAGGCCGCAGAGUCCAAGGCUGAAGAGUCCAAGGUCGAGCAGCCAAAGCCAGAGAAGCGCAAGAAGAAGCCAGCACCACCACCCGAGGAAGAGAGCGAGUCUGAAUCCGAAGAAGAGGAAGACGACGACGAAGAUUUGUCCUCUGACGACGAUGAGGAAGAGGAAGAUGAUGAAGAAUCCGAAUCCGAGUCCGAGUCCGAGUCUGAGGAGGAUGAACCAGCUACCCCCCCUCAGCAACCCGAGCCCAAGAGAAAAGGCAACAGAAAGGCCAACACCAAGAGCGAUGAAACAAGACGCCGCCGCCCAGCCUGGCUCGACGAAGAAGAAUCCGACUCUGAAGACGAAAAGCAAAUGUCAAAAAGCAAACAACGAGCCAUGCAGCAGCGUCAACAGCAACAACAAAUGCAACAGCAACAGCAACAGCAACAACAGCAGCAGCAGCAGAUGCAGCAGCAACAGCCGCAGCAAGGCGGUGGUGGAAAGAGUGACGCGCUCAGUCUGCAUCUUGAUUUGAACCUCGAGAUUGAGAUUGAGCUCAAGGCUCGUAUUCACGGUGACUUGACGCUCGCAUUGCUUCAGUGAGGGACUGUAACACCAUCGCUUUUUUUUUUUUUUUUUUUUUUGUGUCGGAGGUUUUAUCUUACCUUGAUGGAGUUUGGUCAUGAGAAACGGCUUUUCUUUUUUUGUCUGUAGGAGUAACAAGAGAUGAAUUUGUCC